ACAUGCUGAGCGGAGCGGCUGGGGCUGCUGCACGGUGUGGUGGAGCAGCGCUUGCUCCCUCGCUCACUCGCUUGCUCGCAGGGACACACGCAGGGGCUGACAGCUGUGCGGGUGCUGAUAAGGGAAGCCACAAGGAGACGGCGAUCGAGGAGAGAGACAAGCGGCAGCAGAGGCAGCAGCGGCAGAGACAGCGCCGGGGCUGCGGAGCUGCUGGGAGUGGGAGUGACGCCCCCACCUCGGGCCCCCACCCUGUCCCCAUCCUCUUCCUGAUUGUCCUGAGUUUAGAAGAGCAACCGCUGCCACUACCACCACUCCGGAGGGCACCAAGGCUGCUGUCCAGGGAGGGACAGUAAGUAGCAGCAAGGCUCUGGCCAGUCCCAGCAGCCGGGGACAGAUGCCGAUCGAGAUUGUGUGCAAAAUCAAAUUUGCUGAGGAGGAUGCAAAACCCAAGGAGAAGGAGGCAGGAGAUGAGCAGAGCCUCCUGGGGGCUGCUCAGGGGCCAGCAGCCCCUAGGGACCUGGCCACCUUUGCCAGCACCAGCACUCUGCAUGGGCUGGGCCGAGCCUGUGGCCCAGGCCCCCAUGGACUGCGCAGAACCCUGUGGGCAUUGGCCCUACUCACCUCACUGGCUGCCUUCCUGUACCAGGCAGCCAGCCUGGCCAGGGGCUACCUGACCCGGCCUCACCUGGUAGCCGUGGACCCUGCUGCCCCAGCACCAGUGGCGGGCUUCCCGGCUGUCACCCUCUGCAACAUCAACCGCUUCCGGCACUCGGCACUCAGCGAUGCUGAUAUCUUCCACCUGGCCAAUCUGACAGGGCUGCCCCCCAAAGACCGGGAUGGGCACCGUGCAGCUGGCCUUCGCUACCCAGAGCCUGACAUGGUCGACAUCCUCAACCGCACUGGCCACCAGCUUGCUGACAUGCUCAAGAGCUGCAACUUCAGUGGGCACCACUGCUCCGCCAGCAACUUCUCUGUGGUCUAUACUCGCUAUGGGAAGUGUUACACCUUCAAUGCAGAUCCUCAGAGUUCCCUGCCCAGCAGGGCAGGUGGCAUGGGCAGUGGCCUGGAGAUCAUGCUGGACAUCCAGCAGGAGGAAUACCUUCCCAUAUGGCGAGAGACAAAUGAGACGUCAUUCGAGGCAGGUAUCCGGGUGCAGAUCCACAGCCAGGAGGAGCCUCCCUACAUCCACCAGCUGGGGUUCGGUGUGUCCCCAGGCUUCCAGACUUUUGUGUCCUGCCAGGAACAGCGGCUAACUUAUCUGCCCCAGCCUUGGGGCAACUGCCGGGCGGAAAGCGAGCUCAGGGAGCCUGAGCUUCAGGGCUACUCAGCCUAUAGUGUGUCUGCCUGCCGACUGCGCUGUGAAAAGGAGGCCGUGCUUCAGCGCUGCCACUGCCGGAUGGUGCACAUGCCAGGCAAUGAGACCAUCUGCCCGCCAAACAUCUACAUUGAAUGUGCUGACCACACACUGGACUCCCUGGGUGGGGGCUCUCAGGGCCCAUGCUUCUGUCCCACACCCUGCAACUUGACUCGCUAUGGCAAAGAGAUCUCCAUGGUCAAGAUCCCCAACAGGGGCUCAGCCAGGUACCUGGCGAGGAAGUACAACCGCAAUGAGACCUACAUCCGGGAGAACUUCUUGGUCCUGGAUGUCUUUUUCGAGGCCCUAACUUCUGAAGCCAUGGAACAGCGAGCAGCCUAUGGCCUGUCAGCCCUGCUGGGGGACCUUGGAGGACAGAUGGGCCUGUUCAUCGGGGCUAGCAUCCUCACCUUGCUGGAGAUCCUUGACUACAUAUAUGAGGUCUCCUGGGAUCGACUCAAGAGGGUGUGGCGACGGCCCAAGACCCCGCUGCGGACAUCCACUGGGGGCAUCUCCACUUUGGGGCUGCAGGAGCUGAAGGAACAGAGUCCCUGUCCAAGCCGGGGCCGUGCCGAGGGUGGGGGGGCUGGCAGCCUGCUUCCCAACCAUCAUCACCCCCACGGCCCCCCGGGAAGCCUCUUUGAAGACUUUGCUUGUUAGGAUGGUGCUGUGUGGGGAAGUACCUAUUUAUCUGGGAUUCUACCCAGUCCCCACACAUCUCUAGCUCCUGGGAUGGAAGGGCCUGGAACAGCCCAGGGGCUAAGGGAAGGAGUGGUGCUCAUUGAGAGACCAGGACUGGCAGGGUCCUGCUCUCCCCGACCCAGGCUCAGCUGCCUUGCACAAGGGUCCUUCUUGUCCACACUCCCUGCUCCCAGGAGGGUGUCUAGGAAGGACUGGACACCAGAGUAGAGGAGCUCCUGAGG